AUGGCUACCCCUAGUGUCCUAGCUUUUGACGCUGAGGGUCGGGCCAUUGACUUUGAGGUCUGGGUAGACGACCUGCAGCUAUUUAUACAGUGCGAUAGGGCAGACGGCCUCUCUCUCUUUGACCUUACCUCUGGCACUUCCCCUGCCCCUGCUACAGAUGCUGAUGCCACUGUUCGCUCCCAGUGGGCCACGUGCGACGCUGCUGCACGUCUUGCUGUGCGUCGCCACCUCCCUACCUCCGAGCGUGCGCACUUUAGUCAAUACAAGAGUGCUCAGACCUUGUACGAUGCUGUAGUCGCGCGCUACUCCUCCCUUGCCACUACUGCACUGAGCCGUCUCAUGCUACCGUACCUCUUCCCUGACCUUGCUGCCUUUCCCACCGUGGCUGACCUCAUUACGCACCUCCGCACUAGUGACACUCGCUACCGCGCUGCACUCCCUGCUGAAAUCUGCGCCAAGAACCCCCCCCCCAUGUACAUCACUCUGUACUUCCUAGUCACUCGCCUUCCUGACUCCCUUCGAGUAGUCAGGAACCACUUUCUCUCAGCCUUUCCCACCACACUCACUGUCGACCUCCUCGAGAAGGCCCUCUUAGCAGCGGAGAAGAGUAUAGUUGCUGUAGAAGCCUUUCGAGGUGACCCGCGCACCCCCAUCUUUGAGAGUCGGUCGGUGCGGCGUCUGCCCCUAGCGGGGAGACCCCGCCGUGGCAAGGGCAAGGGGGCCAAGGGAGCUGGAGGAGCGGGCGGGGGAGGUGGUGGAGGCGGUGGGGGUAGUGGGGGUGGCGGUGGGAGUGGAGGUGGGGGUGGGGAGGUCGGUGGCGGCAGUAGAGGCGGAGGCGGCGGCGGCGAUGGCGGUGGGAGCGGAGGUGGCGGAGGAGGCGGCGGUGGAGGCGGCGGUGGAGGCGGCGGCAGUGCGGAGGCGGCGGAGGCGGCGGGGGUGGCGGUGGAGCUGGUUGCGGGUCUUCGCGGGGUGGGGGUUUUGGUCCUGCGCACCGGCGACCGUGCGGGUGAGCAGUAUGGGGGCCUGCACCCCACCCAGCGCUGCUUUGGCAACCUGACGGACGCGUGGCAUCACCAGUUCCUGGAGGCCUCGGAGAUUCCUCCCUGGGGCAAGUUGUCUAGGGCGGGUGUUGCCAUCUUUGAUCUUGACUUUGAUGCUAUUCUCUCUGCCAUGUAUGCUAUGUCUCAUAGUGAUGAGGGUGACUGCUACCGCUGUUUCCCACCCGAUCCGGGCAUUGAGGCUGCUGCUCUAGGUGCUUGCGACGCCGCUGCUCUAAGUGCUAGUGUGUCAGCGUCCUUAGCUACUGGUGAGUCUGCGCUCUAA